ACCUUUGUAAACUGGGCUACCGUAUAAAAGGAUGCAGCAGCAGUUGCAGGGGUACCUUUGGCCCAGCUCUCCAGGCCUCUCUGGUCUCAGAGGAAUCCUCAUCAUGAAGCUGCUUUCCUGCGUCCUGUUGCUUACCCUGGCCCUGGGAAGGGCUCACUCAGAAGACCCCCCACAUCCACCUGGGCAUGGAGGUGCAGGACUUCCACCACAUCCACCUGGGCAUGGAGGUGCAGGACUUCCACCACAUCCGCCUGGGCAUGGAGGUGCAGGACUUCCACCACAUCCACCUGGGCAUGGAGGUGCAGGACUUCCACCACAUCCACCUGGGCAUGGAGGUGCAGGACUUCCACCACAUCCACCUGGGCAUGGAGGUGCAGGACUUCCACCGCAUGCACAUGGACAUGACCAUGGACAUGACCAUGGACAUGACCAUGAACAUGACCAUGACCAUGACCAUGAACAUGGGCAUGAAGGACAUGACCUUGACCGCUGUGCAGGUCUUGAGAUGGAUGCUGUUGCAGUGAAUGAAGAGGGAAUCCCAUACUUUUUCAAGGGUGACCAUUUAUUCAAGGGCUUCCACGGCCAUGCCGAGUUCUCCAAUAAGAGUUUCGCUGAGUUGGACGAUCAUCAUCACCUGGGCCAUGUGGAUGCUGCUUUCCACAUGCACUUUGAAGACAACCCCGACGACCACGACCGCAUGUUCUUCUUCUUGGACAACAAGGUGUUCAGCUUUUACAAGCACAAGCUGGAGGAUGGCUAUCCCAAGGAUAUCUCUGAAGUCUUCCCUGGAAUCCCUGACCAUCUGGAUGCUGCAGUGGAAUGUCCUCAUCCAGAGUGCCCCAACGACUCCGUUAUCUUCUUCAAAGGGGACGAAAUCUACCACUUCGAUCUUAAAAGCAAGGCUGUAGAGGAGAAAGAGUUCAAGUCCAUGCCGAACUGCACGUCAGCUUUCCGCUUCAUGGAGCACUACUACUGCUUCCACGGGCACAUGUUCUCCAAAUUCGAUCCAAAGACUGGUGAAGUGCACGGCAAAUACCCCAAAGAGGCCCGCGACUACUUCAUGAGAUGCUCCAAGUUCAGUAAUAGCAGCGACCAUGUGGAGAGAGAGCGCUGCAGCCGUGUUCACCUGGAUGCCAUCACAUCAGACAACGCUGGAAACAUUUAUGCCUUCAGAGGCCACCAUUACCUCCAUAAAGAUGAGAAUGACACACUGACCUCUGACACCAUCGACAAUGAUUUCAAGGAGCUGCACAGUGAGGUGGACGCCGCUUUCUCCUAUGAAAAUCACCUUUACUUGAUCAAGAAUAACAAUUUGUAUGUUUACCAAGUCGGUGAGCCCCACACCCACCUCGAUGGUUACCCCAAGCCUGUGAAGGAGGAGCUGGGCAUUGAGGGUCCCAUUGAUGCUGCAUUCGUCUGUGAGGACCAUCACAUUGCUCACAUUAUCAAAGGUAAUCACAUGUAUGAUGUGGAACUGAAAGUCACCCCACGUAAGGCAGGCAACGAGCGUCCAAUCGGACCCUUCAAGAGAGUCGAUACUGCUAUGUGCGGUCCCGGAGGAGUUAAGGUGAUCAUAGGAAAUCACUUCUACCACUUUGAUAGCACCAAACUGCUUUCUACUGCCAGGUCCCUGCCUGAGCAGCACAAAGUGUCUCUGGAGCUGUUUGGCUGUGAUCACUAGGACUGAAUGGGUUGUGCAGAUCAUCGCAUACAACACAGUGAAAUAUGGAAAAACAGGAGGCGCCACAUGACAAGUCACUAAGCUUUUGACUAAGAGCACUUACAGCUGAUGCAGUAUUUCAUACCCAUUGUUUCCAUUCCAUGUCUUACCUCAAAGUAGCCUUCUUUAAUUCAUUUAGAGGGUUGUUGCUUUUCAUGCUAAAGCUCUGUGGUCCUCCACGCAAAGUGUGCUACCAAGAAGGCAGAUGUUUGUCUGUGAUUCGUUUUGUACAGUGCUGUUGUGAAUAAAGCAAAGUGGCAACAAUCAA